CUUCCUCGGCAGCUGCCAUUGCUGUACACACACACACACAUGCACACACACACACAGAGGACUGAAGUGCGUCUGCUCAGAGCCUCAGAGGAAGAGGGAAGCAGUGAGCAGCUGGAGUUUCUCUUCGGCUCCUACAGCUCACCAAUGGCUCAAUCGGCGGGCAGCGCGGACUCCGAUCUGGCCAGCAAGAGGCUCCACUCGAGAAUGGAAGCCUCUUGUCUGGAGCUGGCGCUGGAGGGGGAGAGACUGUGUAAAGCGGGAGAUUUUAAAGGUGGCACAGCGUUCUUCGAAGCUGCUGUUCAGGUGGGAACAGAAGAUCUCAAGACCCUCAGUGCCAUCUACAGCCAGCUGGGCAACGGCUACUUCUACCUGAAGGAGUACGGCAAAGCGCUGGAGUACCAUCGGCACGACCUCACUCUCGCUCGGACGAUCGGGGACCGGAUCGGAGAAGGGAAAGCCAGUGGGAAUCUGGGAAACACUCUGAAGGUUUUGGGCCGCUAUGAUGAAGCAGCUGUGUGCUGUCAGAGACACCUGGACAUUUCUCAAGAACAAGGAGACAAGGUUGGAGAGGCCAGGGCUCUGUAUAACAUCGGGAACGUGUUUCAUGCCAAAGGGAAGCAGCAGCUGUGGGGCAGCGCUCAAGAUCCCGGAGACCUUCCCUCCGACGUCAGAGACACGCUGCAGCGCGCCACGGCCUUCUACGAGAUGAAUCUCUCUCUGGUGAAGGAGUUGGGAGACCGAGCUGCCCAGGGAAGAGCCUUCGGUAACCUUGGCAACACUCAUUACCUGCUGGGUAAUUUUGUUGAGGCCAUUAAGUUCCACAGAGAGCGUCUUUCCAUUGCAAAGGAAUUUGGCGACAAGGCAGCCGAGCGGAGAGCAUACAGUAACCUAGGCAACGCUCUCAUUUUCCUGGGCCAGUUCAAUGCAGCAACAGAGUAUUACAGGAAAACUCUUCAGCUCUCUCGACAACUGAAGGAUCAGGUGAUGGAAGCUCAAGCGUGUUACAGUCUGGGAAACACGUACACGCUGCUGCAGGAGUAUGAGCGUGCCAUCGACUAUCACCUCAAACACCUGCUCAUCGCUCAAGAGCUCAACGACAGGGUCGGGGAGGGCCGGGCCUGUUGGAGUCUGGGUAACGCUUACGUAUCAUUGGGAAACCACCGUCAAGCUCUGCACUACGCCCGGAGACACCUGGACAUCUCCAGAGAGAUCGGGGACAGAAACGGAGAGCUGACGGCCAGGAUGAAUGUGGAAGAGCUGAUGGAGGCUCUCGGGGUGAAGGAGGGUGAUCUCUCUCCAUCUGAGUCGGAGUUUAAAGUCCAGGGAGCCAGACCCAAAUUCAGCAAGAAGAACAGUAUGGAGAGUGUCGACCUCUGGAAGUACAACUCUGAAAAGAACGGAGAUGCUCAGGAUGUUGAUGAUGUUUCGAGGAGGUCAAGGAACCUGCUGUCUCAGACCAACAGAAGCAAAAGUUACGCAGACAGUCAGUCGUCAGAUGAGAGACAGUGGCUCGACUCGCCUGUGGACACUGAUGACAUCACUGUUCAUGUCACACCUCCAAAGCUGGGCCGUGACGCGUCAGAUGAAGACUGCUUCUUUGACCUGUUGAGUAAGUUUCAGAGCAGCCGUAUGGAUGACCAGCGCUGUCAGAUGGACGAGCCGCCCAAUGGAGAGGAUGCAGGAGGAGCGGACGAAAACACCCUGAACGACAUGAUCGACGCCAGUCUCCUCUCGUCUCCUCAAACUGAAGAGCUCUUCGAUCUGAUCGCCAGCUCUCAGAGUCGCCGUCUGGACGAUCAGAGGGUGAGCGUCAGUAACCUGCCCGGACUCAGAAUUACCCACAAUAACCUGGGGCACCUGUGUGGAGAGGGCGACCCCGCGGAGCCCAGCGACGACUUCUUCAACAUGCUCAUCAAGUGCCAGUCCUCCAGGAUAGACGACCAGCGCUGCUCUCCUCCUGAAGGGGGUCCGCGCGCCCCCACCGUCCCCGACGAGGACUUCUUCAGCCUCAUACAGAGGGUUCAGGCCAAACGGAUGGACGAGCAGCGCGUGCAUCUCCCGUCCGACGAACAGGAUCCGGACGAGGCCGAGGGAGAGCCGGGAGACGCGGACUCUGGGUGAAUGACCGGAGAAACGGACUCUUUCAGGAGAUGAGAAGAAAUGUGCACAAAGAGACGCAUGAAUAACACAAGUGCCAUCUCAGUAUACGGUGCAGGUUUACGCCUCCUGUGCUUUACAGCCAAUGAUCCAUGAUGAGAGAAACUGGGCGAAUUCACUAAGAAUCGGCUGCGUCUACUGAUGCCGUCGUUUAGUUAGCACUCGAUUAACAGAAGGAAUUAACCCUUGAGAUUUAUUGAAAAUCUAAACUCAAAAAUCACCAGCCUAAAUCUCUCCUCCUUGUGCUUUAUCAUCGAAUUCAUCUUGUUUUCUUUCAGUUAUCACAGAUUUUUGAUUUCUUUUUGGAACUGAUUGAUCUUAGGCCUCAUUAGCAUUAUCAAAAGUUGUGAAUUUAACUUUGCAGAACUGGAAUACGGCAUAAAACAUUUGCGAAUAAAGCAGCAUUUCCAUCCCAUGUGUUCAAGAGAACAAAAUCAUUACUUAAAUAUAAAAUAUCAGUACAGUAAUCAAUCUGGCUCUUUUUUCCUCCAUCAUAAAUGAGACACAAUAAACACUGUCAUGUUCUCCAGUGUUCAGAUGCUGGUGUUUGUGAGACGCUUCUGGAGGGAAUUAAACCAAAUCAUUGUUGUGCAUUGAGGGAUUUAUUCGGAAAAUAUGUCUCUAACAUAGUUUAUGCACGUCUUCUCAUCGCCUAAAACAAUGAUCCGCCUCAAUCGAGCGCAUAGGUAUUUUAUGUGCAUUUUUAGAAUUUAGGUGCAUCUCAUCCAGUAUUUGUUUGUUUUUUUAAAAAUGCAAAAUCCCAAAAUUUGCAUACAAAAUAGGUAUAUGGAACUGAGCGGAUGCACCUCAGUGUUUGAGAUGAAAAAAGUUCACUUACUCUGAUUCAUGAAGCCUACGAUCAGUCAGUUCCAAAAGGAAAUACAAAACCUGUGCUUAUUUACAGAAAACAAGUUGACAAAAAGAUUGAAUCCAGUAUUUGGCAAUAAAAGAGUAUAAUAAUGAGAGGCCGCUCAUUUUUGACCAAAGGGGGGAAAAACAACCCCCAGAAAGUACAAAAACAAUUGUGGAAAGUUUGCCCACAAGAGCAAAGUCAGUAAGUUUUAGUCCAACACAAUAAUAUUAACUAGUAUUUUCAUGGAAAAUGAAAUCCUCUCGGGGUUAAAAUGACCGGAUAAACAAAUGCAACAAAUGAACACAGUUUACACACCGCAGCUCUCGAAGUGCUAAAAAACUCUGAAACCGUCUCCAUCUGAUCAUCAACAAACAUCACACUAGUUACAUAUUAAACUCUACUUACCGUCUGCUUUCUGCAGCUAACAGGGAACGUUCUGGCAAGGUUCUCUCAAAACAAACGUUGAACAAACGUUCUUCCAGUAACAUUAAUAGAACAUUCGUUCAAAGUUAUCUAAUAUUCUCAAAACAUUAACAUUAUUUACGCAUUGUUCACGGAGUGUUUUUCCUGAAAUGUUCUAGUUGGACAUUCAUCUAAUGAUUUUUAAAUGUUGCUACUUGUUCGGAAUGUUCAGCGAACAUUCAAAAGUAACAUUCACAAAAUGUUUGAAGAAUGAUAAAAUGGAAUGUUCAUGUUCAUUUGGAUGAAGGAAAGUUCCCGUAACGUUCACAUAAUAAAGAAAACUUACUUUUUGGAAAUAAUGUCAUAACUUACGUUAGCAAAAUGUUCUUUGAAUAUAUAUUUUGUUGGGAAUUGCACAGUAUUAAGCCCUGAAUAUACUGCUAUAUGCUCACAGUCGAACGCACAGCCUUACAAAGUAUACUUCAUUUGACACCUAAACAUACACAGGCGUUUGACGCAUACGCAGUUUUGAGCAAUCUCUCGCCACAAGUUACAUCCCAUGCUGACAUCUUUGUAUUCUUUAAUGCUAGAGUUGUACAAAUUAGGGUUUCUAACCUCUUCCCACAAUCGUUGUCGCUGUAGCUUGCAUGUGUUCCCGUCUGUUCUGUUUAUGCAGGCUUUCUUUGAUUACCUUGUGAAUCGACGCAACCUUGUGCAUAAAGUAAUUACUGCAAAAAAAAUAAAUAAAUAAAAUUAAAUGCACAUGUGCAACCGGUUACAAAAAUCCUGUGUCAUGAGAAAUGGAGUCCCCCCAGAAAUCAGGUCUCCUUUAGGACCCAGGCGGUAAUGCCUGAUCAAAAGUUGUUAUCAUGAUGUCCUGAUUAAUUAUAACCUAUUUUAACAAUGGGAUCACUCGGGGUCCUAAAGGGUACUCUGAUGACGAAAUUUGCGUCUGUACGCUGACCCUUGCAUACCCGUAAAAAGUGAAGUAUGCUUUGGGCUUUAAUUGUGACAUGCUUUGUGAAUCUGGUUGAUUGUAUAUUAAUCCUCAUAUUAGUGUAUAAACAGACGGCGGGACAGCAGAUAAUGCCGUGAUCCUUCAGUGAAUUCGCCCUGUUGUUUCAGACCUCCAGAACAACCUCCUCAUUGUCACGUGUUUCUCGUCCACUGCCUUAAUUCGACCUGCAGACUCUGAUUGUAUUCUUUGAUAUUGUGUUUCCGCAGCACUCGAGCAGUAUUGUUCUGGUUUGGUGUGUGUUAUUGACAGUAUUCCCAGUCUCUUUGACCUUCUUAAUCGCAAGUGCAUUUCGGUUCGGCUUUAAAUGGCGUUUUCAUUGAGCUGCUGACUGACAUUAGGGCUGCUUACCUUCUUACCAUCUCUCUCUUUGUCUCUUUUGAAUUCGAGGAUAUUGUAACUCCACAGAUGUAUUUAUUGAAAGUGUUGAGAAAUAACUGUAAAAAAAUGUGAAAAGAGUUUUUAAGUAUUGUUAAUUGUGGGAAAAUUAAAGUAUGUGAAUGUUCAUGUGCACAAAAGCUAAUUUAAGGUCCCACUUUCGCGCUUCACUGUGGUUUGAUUGAAUCGACUGAAGCUGCUUUUACUUCCAAAACCAAACGAGUGAUUAGUGAGUUUUCCGUAAUUGGCUCAGAGUCUCUGAAUUGACUUUAGUCGGUCAAUAUUUUAGCCAUUUGCGGCAGAUGAUCAGCAGACUAAUGUUUUAGAAGCACUAAAAGUCAUUUUGAAGUAUAAAUCUACAGUAUUUUGGAAGUAGAGCAAUUUGAGCAAGUUUAAUAGUUUUUUUUUUUCAUGUCUUGUUUUGGAGGGAAUUAAAAUACUUCAAGUCAAUUCACUGCCAUCUUGUGGCAGGAAUAAGCAAAUGCCAUAAAAAUGUUAGAUUUUUUUUUUUUUUUUACUGGAGAAAGUGUUAUUCAUUAUGUAUAAUUUUUAAAUAUUUAUGAAGUUUUAAGAAUCUAAACAGCUGAUUCAUAUUGAUUAAUAUGUUUCUACAGAUGUAUGAUGCUUGUAACUAAAACUAGCCCUCAUUUCUAAUACUCAAAUGACUUGAUCUUAUGUGAGCAAAUCAGUCAAAUAUUGGAAGUAUGUACUAGAUUCAUAAUGAUCUGAUGAUGACAUGAUGAUGUUAAAUACAGAAUAGUAAAUUAUUAAAAAUAUAUAUUUAAUUUGUCAUGGCUUAACAGAAUAUUUCCUAGUCCUGAAUUAUCGGUAGCACUUUAUUUCACAGUCCUGCUAUACAUACUAUGUACUUAUUAUUGCAAUAACUGGGUAAUAACUAGGUACUAACCCUGAACCUAACCUUAACCCAUGUAGUUACCUUAGAUUACUCAGUGCUUUCUUAGGUAAAUACACUGUAAGUACACGUACUGUAAGAUAAAGUGCAUCCGAAUGAUUCCCUCCCUGUGUUAUGAUUUGCCUUCCAUGUGCUGUAAUGAUGUGUGAAUGGGUGUGAAAGCCACUGCCCCAAUGUACAUAACUGUUUUAUAUUUAUUUUCUGUUCAAUGGACAUGGGAAUGAAUCCCUUGCUUUUAAUAAAAUGUUGAUGAAUUAUA